GUCACAAAAGUGAAAGUAGAUUUGUUUUGCAUACUUUCAAACUUUUAACUUUUUUAGUGGAAAAGGUAGACUUUUGAAGAAUAUGCAAAAUGUUUCUCUUUCUUUUCUUCGUGGGAUCGGUUACUUUGGCAUUAAUGAUGACACCUACCGUAGGAAUAAUAACCACUGACAAUCUUUUCAUUGACUUCAUGGUUUCAGUGCUAAGAGUGAUGGGACAUACUCUUUAUAUUAUGAUUGGAUAUGUGUUUGAAUUGUCAAAUCAUAUCGUUUCCAUAUGCAUUACGUGCCUACCAUUCGUGUGGAAGGUGGUGAUGAUAGUGGCAUCGUUUGUACUUUGGGUAGUGAAACAAGUUUUAAAAGGAGUACUAGGUACUGGGGAUGUCUUCCUCGCAGCAGUGAGCUGGGUAUUCUGUUUGUGUUUAUUUUGUUUAUGCCUCUUAUGGUCAGAGAGUCUCUUCAAAAGUGUCAACUCCAAUGAAGUGGAUGACAACAACCGAAAUAUGAUUCAAGAAGUGAAUAGGAGGAUGGAGUAUGAAAACCAAGAGAAUGAAAAUGAAGAGAAUAGCAUGGAGGAAGCAGAAAUUAACAUGGCAGCAGAGGACAAUGACAGAAAUGCAGUUCGGGAGUUAGAACGUAGGCAAGUAAAUAGAAAUCCACCCCAAAGAGAACCUGCUGCAGAGUUUCAAGGAGAACGACUUAUAGUUCGAUUGCCGAAAAAACCUGGAAUGAUCCAAAAUUCAGUGAGAUAUAUCCAAAUUCAGAAUGAAGGAAUCCAAAGUGAAAGCUCGGACUCAGAAGCUUAUGGUAGUACCAGUGACUCAGAAACAGAGGUAGUUGAAACCAGGAAUGAAAAUGGUAAUUCAUCCAGAAACAACACGACAGCAGUUCGCAGAAGGCAACGAUAUGACAAUGUGGACAACUCUAUCUGUGUAGUCUGUUUUGAAAGGCAGAGAAACGCAGCUGUAUUUCCAUGUGGACAUUUACAUUUGUGCACAGAGUGUGUGGAAUCUAUUAUGACAAGGACAAAAGUCUGUCCCACUUGUCAAAGUUCAAUUCAAGAGUAUAGAAGAGUGUACCUGUAGCUAUGCUGGUUUACAGACUUUUGUGUAUGUUUACUUUUUAUGCAGUUAGCCAGUUACUAAAGUUAACUUAAAAGUUUCAUUUAAAAGUAUGCUUUAAAAACUUUUUUAAGGAAGAUAAUCCCUGUAUGAAUUAUUAUAAUUUAGAAUGAAUCUCAAAUACACAACUGUAUGUGGUAUAUUUAGGGUACAAGUACUUGUCUAUAUUUGACUAUCUGUUAGUAUUUGUUUUAUUCUUGACUUUGGAACAAAGAGUUUGUAUUUUGUUAAGUAUUGGAGUAUACUAAUUUGUCUGCUAAACUUUGCUUUAGGUCUAUGGUUAAGUAUUGUUUGCUAUUCCCUAUAAAUUUUGGUACUCCAUGGUCACCUUUCUUCCUUAAAUUUUCUUUCACACUCAUGUCAAAUUAAAAAGUGAAAUAUUUAACUUUUUUUUUUCCAAAUUGAAAAUGAGAUUUAUAAGUUUCCAGGAGAAAACAUAUUAGUAUUUGAAAUAGCAAAAUUAUAUUGACAGCUCUUUAACAUACCCCUGGUAAUCUGAUUAUAUACACUAUAAUUGAACCCUUGAAGUUAUUAUUUAUUGUAUUUAAGAUGGUAGAAAUUAAUGGUUUUUUGUUUGUGCCUACCAAAAAGAUUGGUGUUGUAUGCUUGCAUUUUGUUGCAUAAUUGAUGUGAAAUCAACAAGAAAUUUUUGUUCCAACAUAUUUAAAAUCAAACUUCCCCCAGAGUUUGUUUGCUCACAAGCCAAACUGGAUGAGGCCUCAAUGGUAAGUAUGAUUUAAAAUAGUAACAUUCAAUAGUAAUAUACACUCUGGUUAGUCACCCAGUGGUUUAGUGGUUAGAGCGUCUGCUCUAGAGUUACAAAGGAGUUGAUCCUUACAUUGCGGGUUUGAAUCCCACUAUGGGAGGAGGAGACUUGUCCUUUCGGGUGAGACCAUAUAAACCAAGGCCUCGUGUCACAGUAGCUGCUGGCACGAAAAAGAUCCCUCCCUGCUCAAUGGCCCUGAGUAUAGAGUAAAGGACAAAAUUUGUAGCUCUCCACCGGCAAGUGGUGGCGUCUCCACAUGAGUGAAAAAUUCUCAAGGUUAAACAAUGUACAAUCAAUACACUCUGGCUAUAAAUGAAGGUUAAUAAAACAAAACAAAAAAAUCAUUUUUACUAUUAUUGA